UUGAAAAAGGGAAGGAUGGUGUGGUGUGGUCUGGGCGUGUCGUUGUGUUUUCGUUGCAUUGGUUGCAUUAGAAAAACAAAUGUAAUGUUAUGGGCAAUUUUGUAGGCUGCAAUACGUUUUAUUUAGAAGUUCACAAAGGUUUAUAAAGCCACAGGCGGAAGGAGGAAGUAACAUUAGGGAUAGUUUGCUUGUGAGGAGGAAAAGACAGUAAACAGUCCAUAAUUCAUUGCUGGAUCAGUGCGUCUGACCUCAAACAUUCGGGUGAGUGUUUGUCCAGCAGAAUCAGGAGGGAGAUGUUUGGCAGGAAAAAUAAACGACCAGCAGCGCCAAAAGGCCAAGGGGCAGCUGCAGCCAAACAGAUGGGGUUGUUGCUUGAUUUUAAGCCAAAUGAUAUGAUGGACAUGGACCAGGAUCUGAGUGAUCCAGCUUUAGAAGCUGAAUUUGCUGCCAUUGUUGGGAAGAAACCAACAGCACCUGCCAGGGGUAAAAAGGCUGACAAAGCCCCGUUACCAAUGGAGGAUAUUGAAAAAAUGGCGGAGGCAUGCAUGAAGGACAUCGAUGAUGAUGAUGAUGCAAACCUGGAGGAUGAUGAAGACCUUCUGGCUGAGCUACAGGAAGUGGUUGAAGGGGAGGAAAUGGAGGACUCAGGGGCCGCAACCCCAUCAUCCCCUGUUAGCGCAGAAGUUCCUUCAGCAGAUCCGACACCAGUAAGCCAGGAACCUAAAGUCAAACCGAUUUCGGGGAGUAUUGAACACACCUUAGAAGAGAGAAGCAACAUGUACAGAAAGGCUAUUACAAAUGCCGAAGCCUCAGGGGAAUCCUCUAAAGCCCGGAGAUAUGAGAGAGGCCUUAAGACAUUACAAACUAUGCUGGCAACUGUACGGAAAGGAGGAAAGAUUGACGAAACAGAGAUUCCCCCUCCAGUUGCAGGAGUCACUUGUGGUCCGAAUCACCCCCCUGCCCAAAGUGCAGUGUCCCCUGACAGCGCUGUUGACAUUUCCCCAGUCUCCGUGGAGACGACACCUGUUCUCAUGGAUCAAACAUUAAACACUAGAGAGGAGUCCUCUGGUUUACCAUCACCAGCUUCCUUGUCAUGUCCAGAUGAGGAACAUUCAGGAAAAGCUGUAGAAGACUCUCCAGUCGAACAGCCCCCUAAAGAUAUUCUGCUAGAGAGACAGAAAGACUACAGGAUGGCAGCUCUCAAGGCCAAACAAGCAGGGGAUAUUGAGAAAGCCAAAAUGCACAUAAAGGCCAGCAAGGCAUUCGAUGCAGCAAUUGAGGCUUUGGAGAAUGGUCAGCCGGUGGACACGAGCUCCCUCCCACCCCCUCUGUCUCAAGCCUCCACAGUUACUCAGUCUGAACCUCAGGGAGCUGUUAAAGUCUCACCUGUAGCCAAUGAAGGACAAGCUGAUAGUGGUUCUGGCCCAGCUGAGCCCAAGACUGUUCUUGAAGCUCUAGAACAGAGGAUGGCAAAGUAUAAAGAGGCCUUUACACAAGCUAAAGCCAGCGGGGAUGAUCGCAAGGCCCGAAUGCAUGACCGCAUUGCUAAGCAAUAUCAGACUGCCAUCCGUGCUCAUAAAGCGGGUCGAACAGUCAAUUACGAUGAACUUCCAGUCCCACCAGGUUUUCCUCCAAUCCCAGGCCAGAAGGCCACUUCACCUGAGCAAGGAUUGGCUGCUGUGCUAGAAACAGCCAAUAAGCUGACAUCUAAUGAAACUGAAGCUGGAGAUGAAGACGAAGAUGGGGAUGAGAAGGUGGCAGAGGUUAAAACGGCAAAAUUAGACAACGAAAAGAAACCCACUCUUGCAGUACCACCAACAAUACAGGAGCCGAAAAGAAGCCCUUCCCCAGACAGGACGUCCAAAAGAGGGAGUCUGACUGACACUGCUCAGCAGCAGUUGGAGUUUCUGGAGAGCCGUAAAAAGCAGUACAUGAAAGCAGCACUGCAGGCUAAACAGAAGAAAGACCUAGAGCAGGCCAAGACCCUCCUGCGCACAGCCAAGGGUUUGGAGCCUAUGAUAGAAGCAGUACGUAGCGGUAAAACGGUGGACGUAAGCAAGGUGCCUUCACCACCUGGAGAUGAAGAGGAGGACUUCAUCUUAGUCCAUCACAGUGAUGUUCAGAUAUCAGAGAAGUCUGAGCAAGUCUACACUCAACUUACCAAACUACUGAAAGAGCAACAUGAGAAAUGCGUGACGUAUUCCAAGCAGUUUACGCACAUGGGGAACGUUGCAGAGACAACCAAGUUUGAAAAGAUGGGAGAGCAAUGUAACAAGAGUCUGGAGGUCCUUAAACUGGCACAGAAUAGGGGGCUUGAACCUCCUAAACAUCACUUUGAGGAGAGAACUUAUCGCACUGUCAGGAUAUUUCCAGACCUCACUAGUACAGACAUGAUUGUGAUGAUUGUAAAGGGGAUGAACCUUCCUGCUCCCUCUGGCAUUGCCACCAAUGAUUUGGAUGCAUAUGUCAAAUUUGAAUUCCCAUAUCCCAGUACAGAUCAACCUCAGAAACAUAAAACAUCAGUCAUUAAAAAUACAAACAACCCAGAGUAUAACCAGAGCUUCAAGCUAAACAUCAAUCGUAACCAUCGUGGCUUCAGAAGGGUGGUGCAAUCUAAAGGUCUAAAGCUGGAGGUUCUGCACAAAGGUGGCUUUCUCAGAAGUGACAAACCAGUAGGAGCAGCCCACCUCAAACUGGAGAAACUGGAAUCUGAAAGUGAAGUGAGGGAGAUAAUCGAGGUCAUGGAUGGGCGAAAGCCCACAGGCGGUCUUUUGGAGGUAAAAGUGCGACUCAGAGAGCCACUGAGUGGUCAGGACCUCCAAACUAUCACAGAACGCUGGCUUGUACUGGAAGAACCACAGGUACUGCUGUAGUUGACGCAGACUUACAAAACAUCUUCAUAAAGUACUGACUGAGGUCUCAACGGCUUCAUCAAGAGUAGAGGAGAUUAUUGAAGGCUGUAGCUGCUAGCCUCGGGCACUAAACACAAGAUGAAUAUUAAAAGGACAUUUCAUACGCACUAUGUGCUUUAAAAGACAUUCACAGAGAGAGCGUCACUGACAGAGGCAGGUCACUUUGUCUUUUUUUAUUAUUUAGGGUGAAACAGGUUUGAUGUUGCAGUCUGGGGUCAAAAAAUUAAGUUGAGGCAGUAGACACUUGUGUGAGAUUGAUCUUCCUCUUUGCCCUUUGAGAUGGAUUGCCUCUUGAUUUUGUAAUAACGUUUACUCCAGCUGUUACGUUAAUGCUUUAGAGUUCAUGCCAAUGAGAGCUGAGCUUUUUUUGCUGCUCUGGGAUGCACUAAUGCCAAAGUAAUCACUGUUGCUGCAGUAAGAUAAAUGACUUAAUCUCGUCUCCCUGAUAUUAGGAGCAUAUGGCUGCCAUGUCAUUACUACGUAUAUGAGUGCUAUGCAAAUUAGUCACAUGCAGUUAGCUAUGCACAAACGAUUGCAGUUUAACUCCAAACACUUUGUCUGACAUUUCACAACUUGGUUAUAUUAUGUGAACUGGCUGUUUAACACUGGUUUAUUGUGGAUAGGUAGUGCCAGAGUACUGUUUAUAUAUGUAUUUUUUUCUUAAAAGUACCAAUUAAAGCCAUAAACCAACUACACUCUCAGAAAUAAAGGUACACAAGUUGUCACUGGGACAUUACCCUUUUAAAAAGGUACACUUUUGUACCCAAAGAGUGCAUAUUAGUAUUCAAAGGUACAUAUUGGUACAUAUUAGGACCUCUUUUAAAGGGUACUACCCCAGUGACAGCUUUUGUACCUUUAUUUUUGACAGUGUAGAUGUGAAUUAUCUGUUUUUCUUUAUGCUUUUUGCACAUGUAAAUGAGUGGUGCCACCAGAUUAAAAAUAAGAAAAUCGUCCCCCAAGUAAUUUAUUUGAGCUUAUAUAAGCACUUUGUUGAUGAUUUGUUGUAGUAGUAGUUAGGCUACAGUAGUCAGAAGAGCCACUUUUGUUGCCAUUUAAACUUAGCAAAGGAAAACCUUUGCGUCUUAGAGAGUUGUGUGUGUGUGUAUGUAUAUAUGAAACUUUAAUUGGUAAAUCUAUUUGAUACAUAUAGCUGAUUUUAAAUUGUCUAGAUCUGUCUGAAUCGCAAAUGCUCCUACAAGACACUUCAGCCAUAUUUAGCCAAUGUUUACAUUGCAAUUUUGUGUGCACUUAAGUUAUUGUUUUAAGAUUUGAUGGACACCUUUUGAUUUCACUUGCCAUAGAAAUGACCCCUAAUUAAUUCAGUCUUGUUCACUUUGCCGGUCUAAAAAUAACUCAUUUAGGUCUUCAAGAUAUUUUGUUUUUAGGCCUGGACAAUGUGAAAUCUUGGUUAAUAAGUCUGAGUUAUAUGCUGUGCAGCUCUGUCCAUUCAUUUCAUUCACAGUUGUUCUCAUCUCAUGUCAAUUAUUUGGUUUUAAACAGCUCUGGCACUUUGAAAAAGCAAUUUAACAGUCACAAACUGAGCCUAGUCCUGGCUUAAAUUAUACUGUCAGGGUCAAUUCUUCACUACAUUUGUUUCAUAAAUUAUAAGGCUUUUACUGAAAACUGGCUUUGAGUUGUCUGGUCAUUUGAUUCGUACUAGGAUCUCAUAUAUAUGUUAAAUAUGUUUGGUUUUUACUAUUCCAAACAUAUGGUUUUAUGGUUUCGCCUGUAUUUUAUUUUUCUCAAGUUUGUAAACAUUGUUUUGUUAUUAAAUGAGAAUUUAAAACUUG